GCUGAUUUUGCGACGACCAUGAUUUUUUCCUUCUACCGAUUUUGUCUUUGAUUCUACUGUAUUUCAACGACACUGUCUAUCGAUUUCGUCCUUUUCGCUUCGGCAACACUGUUUCCGUGUUGUGUUCUGUGUUGUUGCUUCUAACCUCUUUUGAGUGUGCUUUUAAGAAUUGAUUUUGUUUAUUUGGCAUAAGCCAUAAUUCUGUACUGUGCUCCUAUUUAAGAAACCAUUUCUCGAGUAGAAAAUAUUUACAACUAAAGUGUCACACAACGCGCAGUGAAAAUGUAUCGGACGGACAAGCAGUUCAUGAAAGACCCGGCGACGGUGGCUUCCAGGAUUUACAUCGGCGGCAUCGCCAAGACAGUCAUACCGGGAGAUUUGGAGCUAGUUUUCGGCAAGUAUGGCAAAAUAGUCGGUAUGUCCAUUAACCCAACCGGCUUCGCAUUUAUCCAAUAUGAACAUGAGGAAGAAGCUCAAGCUGCUAUAGAGUGUGAGGACGAAGCCACUCUUCACGGCAAACCCAUCAGCGUGAGGAAGGCGUAUAAUCCCGGCUCGGGCCCAGCUGCAAAGAAUAAACCACAGCAGACUAACACUCCAAAUAAGCAGAAGCCGCCACCUGCACCCUCAGCUAUGCCUCAAACAAACCCACCUGGUCAUGAUAGGAGUCAAAAUGAUGAUAAUAUGGAGGAGGAAAGACCAAAUAUUCGUCCCCCAGCACCUGGACCUCAGCAGCACAGACAAGGAGGCCGAAGAGGCGGCCGUGGAGCUGGGCCUGGAGGUCCUCCUGGUGGUCGCGGAGGUCCGGGUGGGCGCAGUAGAUCAAAUGAAAGAGGGAGUGGCAUGAGAUUUGAACCCCCUCAUCUAGACAACUACAACAGGGGACCAUACCAUGAUAGAAAUGAACCACCACACAGGGGCCCUCCUCCUGUGUUCGAAGCACCACCACCAGUUGCUCCCGAGAAAAAUGAUUGUGAAAUCAUCGUUGUCUCAAAGGCUUUGACGGAAUAUGCCGAAUUCAUUGAAUCAAAGUUGAAACACUUAGGACUAAUGGUUGAUCUACUUUUUCCUAACGAAGAUGUACCUAUUGGCAAAGUUUUGGCGAACAUUUCCAGCAGAGGAUGCUUAUAUGCUAUUUUGGUGAUGCCUAUAAACGAGGAGCAUAGAAGUUUAACUCUGAAUAUUCUACAUGGGACACCUCAAGAACACCGAAAUAUGCCGGUAGAAGACGCCAUGAUCUUAAUUUCCCGCGACUUUGAAGCCUAUAUGAAAGGAGAACACUUAGCACCAGAAACAGCCAAGUCUAUAUUAGACAGGCAUCCAGUACCCAUGCAGAUGCUGUUGAAUCUUCUAGCCGAGAACCGUCAGCUGACUAGCUUACAGUAUGAUCGUCUUAUAGCGUACCUGCAGGAGAGGCGAGAUUUGCAACACGAGUUUGAGGUGGCUGAAGGGCUUGUUCCAGAUAGCCAAGAUGGAGAUUCUAAACAGGCUGAACUACAGAAUCGUAUCAUGAACAUUUUGAAUACCAAAGCAGCUGCACAGGAAAUACCGACGUCUAUAACAGCACCUGAUCCACCGUCCGUUACCGACCCUGAAGCUACACCUAUACUGAAGGAUCCAACUGUACAAAAAGCUUUAGAUAGCCUGAUGUUGGGAGACAUGUUCAAAAACAUCGCUGGAGUUUAAGCGUAUGACUGAGGAUUUUAUUCAUACUACUUCUCAAUGUGACGAGGUGAAUUAUUCAUUAGACAUGUAAAGAUAUCUGAUAGUAUGUAUAUCUUAUUUCUUUUUAAGUCGUUCUGUGAGCUUUCCUUAGAGCUUCUAGACAAGGUGUCCACGGUUCACAAAUCUAGAUAGUCAGAGAAGCCAAAAAUCUAAGACACUCAAUGAGUUAGAGAAGAUGAUGAGUAAAGGCAUUUCACAAAAAAAAAACGUACAUCCACAUCAAGUUUUUUCGCAGUACUGUCAUAUGUAAUAUUUGUUACAAAGUUCUAAGUUAGAGUGGUGGACACCCUGUUAGAGCUGUUUGAAUCCAAUGCGAGAACUAUUUUUAAAUUUAUAAUUAUUUUGUAUUAAUUCAAAUGCAGCGUGACACAAAGUCCCGCAACGGCUUUAUAUUUUCUCGGGUAAGGUAUUUAAAAUAAUUAUCUCUCGGAAUGGCUGUGAUUCAUGUCGGCAAGGGAUAAGCAAUUAGAAAUUUUCAAAAACUACUUGACCAAUCGACUCCAAUUUUGUUAUGGUUAUUUAGAAGCAAGAAGCCUUCGGAUUUGAAAAAUUUCAAGUCGCUGCGUGAAAUUAUUGUCUCAUUAGCAACAAGUGCCAAAAUCUGCAUUUUGGCUCGGUUUUCGGGAACAACUUUUUUACUAUUAGUGGGAUUUUUUUACGAGUAGUCUCAUUCUGUAAAUACUUAAAAAUCUUGUUUAAAGAGCUUUUUGGUUCCUGCCAACACUUUCGAUUGAAUCCCAAAAAACACAUUUUCUCAUUCUUUGUUGUCAAAUAAAACGUUUUCCCACAAAAAUUAUAGGUCUCCCCAUUUUAUGCGUCUAUCUUUUAAAUACCCCCUUGAAAAACUUGCCUCAAUAAUUAUUUCCCAAACCAUGUUAUUUUCAUCUAAUAUGAUUAGACUUAACAUUUGAAUUCCUUGCUGGAAGUUAUUGAAGAUCUGACCUUAAUCUUUUUAAAAAAUACGUUACACGAGAACAUACAGAGCCGUUGCGGGAGUUUCGUGACUCGCUGUAUAAGGAAUAUAUUUCAGAACACUGAUCCUACAGUAAGAAAUAAAAAAUCAAAGUUUCUAUUGA